AUUGUAUCAAGGAAAGAAUGUUAGGUUAUUGGCGGAAAACCUCUUCAGUGUUUCCAUGUGUCCUUCUACUCAACUGCGUUCUAGUGGCAAAUUCAGAUGUACUGAAGGGGACUUCAGGUGAGAGAAGACAGCAUCAAUAUUCUGGAAGUCUGCUUCAUGGCAGCACUAAAUCUCUUGAAACUGGAAACGAUGUGCAGAUAACUGAUCUGAUUUACAGACAUAAGCGAUCCUUUUCAUUUCCAAGUGAUAUUAAACUAUGCCCAGAGGAAACUGUGUCACAGGCCAUUGGCAGCUACUUCAAGUAUUACAAGUUGAGAGUGUGUCAAGAAGCAAUAUGGGAAGCAUUCAAAACCUUCUGGGACAGGUUACCUGAGCGACAUGAACAUCAGUCUUGGAUAGACGCUUGCAAUCAAGGAAUCAUCAAUAUUCUUGACAUCGGCAUGAACUUCAGCCAAUCAGAAGAACACCAAAACUUGAUUAAGGAGAAAGUAUCUCUACAGAUGGAAAAUGUGAGUAGUUCUGUCCAUGAAGACGUUUGCCUUCUAACCACAAAUGCAAUACCAACAGAAGUAAACCCCACUCUAGAUGGUGCUGAUAGAAUUUCCGUCGAUGGUAUUAAUGUCUCAGCAGAAGAAAAUGAGAACACUACCCCUGGAGAAACUGAACAAAUUACAGAUCUGCCAUCAAGUCAAGUUGUGGAAUUCUUUGUCCAGCUUCUAGGGGAGUAUUACACCAUGGAACUCUCUGAUCCAGCUACCAGAGAAUAUCAGAGGUUGGCUGAUUAUGUCCAAGCCAAGAUUGAAAAUGUCUUUGAAAAACUCCCAGGAUAUCAAGCGAUUAAUUUCUUGGAGUUCAGGAAAAGCCAGAAUCCAGACAGUAACAGUAGUAACGUGACAGUUCACUGCAUGGUUGCAUUUGAUGUGGACACUGGAGUUUUACAGAGAGAAACACUUAACUUCGUUGACCUAAAUUCCAAAAACAUGGAAGUUGACCUUCCCCUGGAAACUGAGAAUCAACUUACAGCUGCAUACACAAUUACUGACUUUCAGAAUUACAUAGUUGGGGCCUUGCAUAAGGAAAAUCUAAUUGGAAAUGGAUCGCUGACUUUUAAUCCAGAGUCUCUUCAGCUUAUGAAUGAGCAUUCAAUCAGCCAUGCAUUAAGCAAUAUUAAAGUUUACCUGGAAGACCAAUCAAGAGAUCUUUCAAAAGGAGAGGAUGAAGAAAGAAAUUUCCUUGAGGAAGAUAAAGCUUCAAUGCAAUCACAUUCAACAUCUAUUGAUCUUCCAUCUGAAGAAAGACAGUUCACUGCAGGAACUACCCCUGUUACUUUAACAGAGCAAGCCACACCUUUGGAGAAGCAUGAUGUUCCUGAAGACGUAGUCCCACUACCAACCAGCAGAAUGUUCACAAUAUCGACAGCAUCUGAAAUCGAUGAGAGGACAAUGAUUAACGUUGGUGAAAAGAUAAAAGAGACCUCUGAUUCCUAUACAUCACAGGUCAUUGCAUCAAACAGAUCCGAUGGUAUAGUGACUCAGCCCAUUUUUGGUGAAGACAAUGAUUUUGACUCUGAAUCAGGGUCUGGGAUUGAACAAGAUUAUUUGUGGUCCUGGUCUACAGCAGUUUCUCAACCAGUUUCUUACAAGCCACACAGUGGGCCACAGGACAGUAAUUCUAGUCAAUUCACAAAUGUGGAGAAUCAUGAGGGAUUGCCUGUUGAUGAUUAUACUGAUCAAUCAAGCGUUAAUAUCAAGGAAAUGGUUAGUGAUCCAACUGCAGCAGACACAGCCGCAGUCCUCUCAAAUGAAGUAGAUGCAGACUUGUCAAUGGAAGCAGCUUCAGGUUUUGGCACUGAAAUUGUAUCUCAUAGGGCUGAAGGGAUAAUUAAAGGAUCCUCUGUUGAAUGGACACUGGAUUAUUUCCUAGAAUCAACAAUGCAAACAUCGCAACCAACAGAAGCCUUUAAUUACUAUUCUGUUGACUCAGCCACAAGAACCCAACCCAUCACAGAGCAUUCAACAGCAUCUGAGUCAACUGAAAGUGGCUUUGCUUCAGUGCUGCCAGAAACUGAAUUGUCCGCCCAAGGUCAAUUUAUAAUGGGAACAUUCAUCACACAGCAUCUAGCAACACAGACGUCUACCAGUGGAAAACGAGCUUCUGAUCCUUUCAUUAUGGAACAGUUUACUAUUGGAUCACUUGCCAAGGACCACUUACUUACUGAACUGGCCACCACACAGCGAGAAAUAUUUGAGUCAGCCAACACAGGACAUGCAGUGGUAAAAGCUUUGCCUGCAGAAGAUGAGGCACUCGAGUUGUCUGCCACAGGACCCAUUAAGGAACUGUUCACACCAUCUUCUGAAGUGGAGCAGCCGAUCACUGAGUCAUCCCGAAGCGGUGAUUUCUCUGCUUUAACGUGGGAACCCCUGGAACUGGUCACUGACCCUUCCUCCACAGCACGACCAGCUUCAGAUUCUUCAAAUGAAAUCCAACCACUCACCGAAUUAUCUAAUGAUGUGCAACCUUCCACAAGAAUACUAGCUCCAGUAGACAUGGUGGAAUCCAAUAUUAUUGAUACUGAAUUGAGCAACCCCAUCCAAUGGAAUAUUGUUAACUCCAUACUUACUGAGUCUAGUACUCAAUCAACUACUGUAGUGCCCAUUUCUGAGUACGUUACCAAUGCUUCUCAACUGUUCAGCGAACAUAACUUUGUUAAUUCUGCUAAUGAACACAUUGUGGCUUCAAAUCUCAGAACACCAUCUGCAGCUGUACACCCCUCCACUAAACUAUCCGCCAGGCAGGAUAUGAUGGGAGAGUAUGAUACCUAUGGGGCCCAUGAUCCUGCCGUUAUAGAGCACAAUGAGUUGAAAUCCUCUCAAAGUGCAUCUCAGGACAAUGAAGAGUGGUCUGAGGUUCAAGACAUCUCAGUUGAACUGGAUCAGUCAGACAUAGUCUAUCCUCAUGAAGAAUCCAUUAAUGAAGAAAUUAUAAGUGGCUAUAGAGACUACAGUGCCACUGUGCCAACAAAUCAACCUGUAUCAAGUGAUAGUCAUACAUCGUCACAGUCACUGAUAGUCUUCUUCAGCCUACGUGUUACAAAUAUGAUUUUUUCAGAAGACCUCUUCAACAAAAGUUCACAUGAGUACAAAGCUUUAGAACAGCGAUUCCUGGAACUUCUUGUUCCUUACUUGCAGUCUAACUUGACUGACUUCAAGCACCUUGAAAUCCUGAACUUCAGAAAUGGAAGCAUCAUUGUGAACAGCCGCCUGAAGUUUGCAAAGCCUGUACCACAAGAUGUCACCAAUGCAGUUUAUCUAAUCCUGGAUGAUUUCUGCAACACAGCAUACCAAACUAUGAACCUUGCCAUAGACAGAUUUUCUCUGGAUGUUGAAUCAGGUGAUGGUGCGGACCCGUGCAAGUUUCAAGCCUGCAAUGAAUAUUCUGAAUGCCUGGUGAACCAGCAAACAGGCGAAGCUGAAUGCGUUUGCAAUACUGGGUAUCUGAGUGUGGACGGCCUGCCCUGUCAAAGCAUUUGUGAUAUAGACACAGACUUCUGUCUCAAUGAUGGCAAGUGUGAUACCAUUCCAGGCCAAGGAGCAAUCUGCAGGUGCCGUGUGGGCGAGAACUGGUGGUACAGAGGAGAGCACUGUGAAGAGUAUGUCUCUGAGACUCUUGUUGUGGGCAUUGCCAUCACUUCAGCGGCUGGCUUCCUUUUGGUAGCUUUUGCUGUGAUUUUCUUUGUAGCCAGAAUUCUUCGGGCUCAAUACGCCAAAAGUGGAACUGGGGACUCCAGAGAAGUUAACGAUAGCAUGGCAUCAAUGGAAAAUGGGACAAAGUAUAAUCCUAUGUAUGAGAGUGAUGCCACAACUGGUUAUAGUCAUUACAAGAAACGCUACCCACAUUCAUCCAGGUACACGUCAAGCAGUGGAGAGGUAUCCGCCAACUUCAGCAGUGAUGAGGUCAGACACGUUUACGAGUGCACCGAACUUAGCAAAGAGGAAAUUCAAGACAGACUUCGGAUCAUAGAUCUGUACACUAAGGAUAAGCAGUUCGCAGAGUUUGUGCGACAACAUCAGGCAGCCAUGGAUAAUAAGCAAAGAAAUCCUAUGAGCUAGUCAUUCAGAAGGUGAAAAAAAUAGAUUUUUCAAUCUUCUAUCGAUUGCUCCUCCUAUCAGUAAUGGAAAAGCCAAGGAAGGAGUAAUGUUCAGUUGCUCACAUAAUUAUUGUUACAGCAGUAACAGAAACCACCUUUGUAAAUUUAAAUAUUAUUAUGUUGGUGCAUCAUUUUAUUAGUUUCUAAAUUUAGCAUUCAUUUACAGUAUUUCUCUAUUGUAAUUCUAGCAACUUUGAGAUAAAUGGAAGCUUAAAAAGAAAGGAAAUAAUCUUAUUGAUAUUUAAAUACAACCAUGUUCUAUGAAUAGAUGUGUAAAAUUUAUUGCAGUUUUGAAUAAUCCUAAUUGUUAAUAAAUGAGUAAACUAAAGAAGAAUUCUGAACGGUUAAGCAGUGAUGUAAAAUGAGAGCUGUGAAUUUACUCAGGUGGAAAGGGAGCAGAAAUGAAAACCGAGCCAAUUUUCCCCUCCAGAGUCUAAUCGGCCGAGACCAAUUUUAGCUACAUUUAGCUGAAUUACCCAAGUUAAAACAUGUAACUUGACUUAGACUGAGAUGAAUCUUAAGGUGAAGUCAGACCCUUCCUGGCUUUAAAACUAUUCAAAGAUGCAUUUCAUUGGUGCCAUUGAAAGCAAGAUUCUUCCAUUAACAGUGGCUAAGAUAGUCUGGAUACAAUUUUACAGUUUGUAUUCCAAAUCAAAUAAUUAAAUGUCACAAAAUUCUGUAUAUAAUGUUUUUAUUCCACUCCUAGAGUUUAAAGCUGCUCUGAUUUUUAUUAAGCUGCAUCCAUGGCACUUGAUUUAUGCAUCUGAAUAAUAAAUAUCAUUAUUAUGUGCUUAAUAUUUGCACUGUAUCAUAUUCAUAAUUCAUUUAACACAGCCAAAUGAACUAUGCUAUUUUUAAUUAGAAAUUAUCUUUAAUAGGAACAAGUUAUGCAUGAAAUGUUUAAACAAUCCAUUUGAUUUAAUAGCAAGUUUAAAGCAAGAAACUGCAAGAGGCGGAGCUUUAAAAUGACAACAGAAAAUGUUGGAGAUGCUCAGCAGGUCAGGCAGGAUCCAUGGAGGGAAAAACAGAAUUAAAUUUUCAGAUCUAUGGCCUUGCAUUGGCAAGGGAAGAGAACUGGAUCGCUGAGUCUGUCCAGCAUUUUCUGUCUUUAUACCUGUGCACUUUAUAGCAUACUUGAAAUAAAUUUAAGUAGUAGGAGGAGAGGUUGGGUGAUGGAGUGGUGAAUCUAUUCAGCUAGUCUGUAUAUACAUAUAACUCCUCUCCUCCAUAAAUAUAAGUCACAGAAAAGCACAGCAGAAUACAGGCCCUUCAACCCAUAAUGUUGUGCUGAUCUUUUAACUUACUCCAAGAUCAACCUAAUGCUCCCUUCCAUUUUUUAUUCAUCCACGUGCCUGUCUGUCUCUUAGAUCUCCCUAAUGUAUCUACCUCUACCACCUCACCCACUUUCACUCUCCUCCCCCAACCCAGCAGGGCAUUCUAUGCAUUUGCCACUCUGUGCAAAAUACCUACCCCUGACAUCCCCUCUAUUCUGCACACAUUCCAGGACUUUAAAAAGAAUCCUUUUGUGAGAAUUGUAGCUUUCAUGUCAAUUCUUUUGCUACCUUGCUCAUGGAAACCAAAGCUUUGGGGUCUUUACAUUGUAUUUGAGUGGUAUCCUGUAGGAAGAAAUGAGUUUAAGGUAAAACUUUUCAGAAUAUGAACAUUCCACAUUCUAUUCAUGAAUCCUUAACUGAAACAUUCUGAUAUUUAAAAAAAAGAUGGAUCACAAAUGUUAUAAGUUUGAGCUAAAUAAUGUAGAAUGAGUAAUUUUCUUUAUUUAAGUAAGGUCCAUUUCUAUUUAAAUAGAUUGUGUAUAAUUCAAUACUUUUGUACAUUAUAUGCGCACUACCUAUUUUUAUUAAAAUAAAGCCUCCUUGAAACCUACUUGAUGUUUUGUCACUGUAACACAUUGACACUUCGUAUACAAUUGAAUGUAUAUGAUUCUAAUCUUCCAUCAAAUAUUAUUAACAUCAGAGCAGCCACACAAGGGUCAAGAGUUCUUUGCAGGUUGUGAGCCCUAAAAGAGAAGAAUGAAUCAUACCAUCAUUCAAGUGAAAUCGCAAGGCUGGAGGAAACCUUAUCCUGCACUUCAAUUGCAAGCCUUCUGCUUGCAACAAGGCUAAAGCUCAUUUGGGACAAUAAUUCACAGAGCACAGCAGAGUUUGGCUGUGAUAUGUCUAAAUAUGCACUAUAGGAAGGUGAGAAUAUGAACCUCUUUAAAACAAAUGCAUUGAUGAAAGUCUCCUCUGCCUCCCAGUAUUACUGGUGCCAGUACCUUACAGCCACUACACUGGAGUAAAAGACAGAUUAUUAGCUGAUGUGUGUACAUACUUAUAAAACAUAAGAAAUGGGAAUUGCUCUUAAGCAUUCAAUAAGAUUAGGACAGAUCACUUUUUAGCACCAUUUCCAUAGUUCUGCCUCUUCCCUUAUGCCUCAUCUAUAAAAUCCCUCAUGGUCUUCAACAUAUUCAAUGCCUCAGCCUCCACAGCUCUCCAGGCUAAAGAAUUUCAAAGAUCCUUGACUUUUCUUCCUUAUCUCCAUCUUAAAGUGGGCAGCCAUCUUAUUUUGAAGCUCUGUUCAUUUCUUCUAGAUUCCCCCAAGAGCAUAACGAUCCUCUCAGCCUCUAUCAUGUGAGGCCCCUCAGAAUUUUAUAUAUUUCAAUAGGACCAUCUCUCCUUUUAUAAAGUGCAAUGGGUAUAGACCCAACCUGGGUCAAAAAUUCCUUAUGAAAAAAAUUAUUUUGUUUAGUAAAUCUUUUCCAGAAAUGUUUCCAAUAGAUUUAUAUAAUUAUUUGAUGUUGAAAGACACAAAGCACCCAAUGACUCCAGGGUACAUCAGUAAUGAUAUGUCCCAGUGCAUCCUAGGAUGUAUCUCACAUUCAAAAUAAGACAUUCUUUACUCCUGAACUCCAUCCCUCUCGAACUAAAGUUCAACAUUCUGAUUGCCUUGUCAUUGAUGUCAUCAUGUUAACUUUGUGUUUCAGGUAUGAGGACACCCAGAUUCUCUGAAACAGCUCUGUAGUUUUUUUUUUGCAUUGAAACAAUAUACUGCUUUUCUGUUCUUCCCUACAAUAUUGAUAAUUUCACAAAUCCCUACACAUACUCUAUCUGCUGUGUCUUUUCCAUUCAUUCACUCCUAUAUCCAUUGUAGAUCCCUUGUGUCCUCACACCUUGCUUUCCGUCUAUAUUCAUGCAAACAGCAAAUUUAGCUAUACUACACUGGAGCCCUAAUCCAAGUCAUUUGCAUGGUCUGCAAGUUGUUGAAGGUCCAUAACAAUCAAUGUGAUAUGUUCAAUUUGCCUACCUCCAAUUCCUCACUUGCAGAUCACAGUUUGGAUUGGCAGCAACAUCUCCUCCACAAUCUCCAUCAGCACAGCAACAACAUCUCCUCCACAAUCUCCAUCACCACAGCAGCAACAUCUCCUCCAUAAUCACCAUCAGCACAGCAACAACAUCUCCUCCACAAUCACCAUCACCACAGCAGCAACAUUUCACUUAACAUCAGCAAAACCAAAAAGCUCAAGAAGAGGAAACUGGAGGUCCAUGAGCUAGUGCUCCUCAAGGGCCCUGAGGUGGGAAGGGUCACUAACUUCAAAUUCCUUAGCAUUAUCAUUUCAGAGGAUCUGUCCUGGGACCAGCACAUAAAUGCCAUGACAAGCACCUCUACUUAGAAGUUUGUGCAGAUUUGGCAUGAUGUCUAAAACUUUGACAAACUCCUAUAUAUGCAGAGUGGAGAGUAUGCUGUCUAGUAUGGAGACACCAAUGCUCAUGAAUGGAAAUGUCCACAGAAAGUAGUGAAUACAGCCCAUUCCAUCACAGAAAAGCCCUCCUUACCACUGAGCAGAUCUACAAGGAGAGCUGCCACAAGUAAGCAACAAUCAUCAUCAAGGACCCCCCACCAUCCAGGUCAUCCUUUCUUCUCACUGCUGCCAUUGGGAAGGAGCUACAGGACCCUUAGGUCCCACACUACCAGCUACAGGAACAGUUAUUACUUCUAUACCAUCAGGCUCCUGAACCAGCGUGGAUAACUUCACUGACCUCAACACUGAACUGAUUCCACAACCUAUAGACUCAGUUUUAAGGGCUCUACAACUCUUGUUCUUGACAUAAUUUAUUACCUAUUUAUUUAUUAUCAUCAUUACUUGUUUUUUCAUAUUGCGUAGUUUGUCUUUUGUUUAUUCAUCUUUGUAGUUUUUCAUUGAUUCCAUUGUAUUUUUGUAUCUACUGAG